GAAAAUAUUUUUAUUUGGAAAACUCGUUAGCCGACAACCCUACGCCACGAAUACACGUCCAUGCCUACGCGGAUUUUGUCACGUGAUUCGUUAAAGGUCACGUGAUAACAGCCAUUUUGUUUUGUCACGCUUUUCGAGCUUACGAAAAGUGCUGAGAUGGCUGACGUUGAAGAGAAUCCUCAUAUGAACGACAAUUCUGAGGAGUCAGAUAUUGAUGAUGGCAACGAGGAGAUGGAUACAGAACCCACUGAGGGUGGCGAUCACCCAGAAGAGGAAAGCACGACUGAGGGAGGAGGAGAGGAGGAACCACCUCUAGUGAAAGAUGAGAGAUAUUCUCAGCUUGUGAGUAUGAACGUCAAGAAAAGGGUUGCCAGAGAAUUCUGCAGACUUAUGGAUGAAGGCAAGAUUACCAUGGCAGACGUGGAUAAGAAAGUGGCAAAGAAGUUGUGUGCGCUGCGAGUUGAAGAUGGUAUACGCAUAGUGAAACGGUUUGGAAUGUUUAACUUGGAUCACAUGGCCAACAAAUCAGCCUUUCUGCUGAGUCAGAUUGUGAUGUUUAGACAACAGAAAGGUCAUUAUAAUCAUCCAGCAGCCUUCAGUGCAAAUGGGAUCCCAGGACCAGAUCCCGAGAAAAUGACAGAAUUACUGUUGCGAACUGGGUACUUGCUUGACAUCACGACCAGAGGGCGGCGGCGUUAUGGGGGUCCUCCGCCAGGCUGGGAAGGAGAUCAGCCGCUUACCGAGUGCAGUGUUUAUGUGACUGGAUUACCACAAGACAUGUAUGAAGAUAUUCUUGUCCCACUGUUCGAGAAGUUUGGUCGAAUCUGGCAGAUGUGUUUGAUGGCAGACCCCUUCACUAAUCUGAAUCCUGGUUUUUGCUACCUCACCUACUGCAAAGACGAGGAAGCACAAAGAGCUGUUGAAGAGCUUAAUGGUUAUGAAAUCAGAGAGGGUGAAGUUUUAAAGGCCAACAUCUCCAUUCCCCAUGUGACUCUGUUUGCGGGAAGCCUUCCAAAUGACAGGACAAAGGAAGAAAUUAAGGAAGUCUUUGGCAGCAAAACAGAAGGACUAAUGGGAGUGGAGCUUCUUCCCUAUGAGGUAAACUCAGAGGAAAAGAACAGCAUUCCAGUGGCAGGCUUGCUGACUUACUCCUCCUACAAGUUGUCCUCAGAAGCCAAGAGAAGAUUCAAGAGGGGGGACUGUCUGGCAUUUGACAGGAAAAUGCAUAUUGCUAAGGCUGACACACGGGGCAAGCCACCAAAGGGGUGCCUUGAGAAGGUUACAUUAAUACACAUCCAUCAGAUGCCACCGUCACAUACAGUCAGGACUCUGCAGGAGCAGUUUCAGAAGUUUGGGGAGAUAGAGUAUGUAGAGAAGAAUCAAGACCAUGGAUUUGUAAAGUUUGCUUCCCAUCAGAGCGCCAUCAAGGCUAUGGUGGAACACAAAGGAGUUUGGAGACAAGCGUGUACUCUAUUUAUGAAAAUGAAGAACAACAUUAUACAGGCUGGUCUUGACCAGGAGUAUGGAGCUGUCAUCAUUGACAUUUCAAUGGGUGAAAAGCAAGAUCAUAAAAAAAAACUUAUCAGAGGAAAUAACAGAAACAGAAGGCGUGGCAGAGCCCGGGGAAGAGGAUAUAUGCAUUGGGGAAGGGGAGGUAAUGGCUUACUACCAUUGCCCCCACAGUUCAUGAUGCGCCCUACCAUGUACAGAGGUGGACUUCCAAUGCCUCCUCCACCAGAAGAUCUAUGGGCCUAUGAAGAGUAUAUGUGCAGGGAUUUGCCUCCAUACAGAGGAAGAGAUUUCCACCCUUCACAUCCAUAUAAUAUGGACUAUGAAAGGUAUGGUGGAGGCCAUGCAUUUAAGAGUGGAUCUGAGCCAAGAGGUUACACAUCACAUCUUGGGCCUUCUUACUCCAUGGAACCAAGGAGAAACCAUUGGGAUACAUGGCAUGGGUGGGACAGACCUCAGCAAGUCAACCAUGGUCAACAUGCAAACAAACGCAAGUCAGGAACCGCUUUUGCUAAUCGUGGCAAAAAACGAAUAAAAAGUCAAAGCAAGUAACUAAUCAGGCUUGUGCAAGUGGGAGAGGAUUUUUAUUGCAGAUGACCAACAUUUUAUAGAAAAGCACAGUAUGAUAUUUGUCUCCCCAGUGGUUUCGAACUUUGGAAGAAGUGGUUAUUUUUACCUCAUUUGUCGUGAAUAAUUUGAUGUGCUUUGUGUAAAUUUUCCAUAAGCUUAGGAUGGAAAGGAUGCACUUUACUAAAAUAAGCCUUCCUUCCUUGUGUUUUGGAGAAGGGGCACCACCUUUUCAAUCAUUUGCCAUUUUCAUGUGUAAUGCACAGGUGUAUAGCACUGUUACUUUGCUCAGCAGCUUUUUACAUAUCAUGUGCCUGUUAUUGAUGCUUCUCACUCGUUUUUAAAUACUGUAGUGUAAAGAAAAUAGUAAUAAUGUUAAAUAGGAAUGACACUAACUAAACACAACUGUGAAGUAAGUGGCAUCUUUUAGCCUUGGACAAAUAAAACUAUUCAGAUUAAUGGGAAAA